CAGUGAGCGCCGGCGUUCACUAACCCCGUUGGGGGGCGACUGUUGGCUACCAGGCCGCGCGACAACGGCACAGGCCUCACGUUCGGCUGCCGCGCCAGAUUAUGGGUUUCUUCAAAAAGGCCGAGAUCGACAAGAACUAUGACAUCGAGAAGAGCCAGCUGGGCUCUGGCAACUUUGCCGUCGUCAAGCUUGCCACAUACAAGGGCCCGGAGAAGAGCGGGGUUCCCCUCAAGAAGGGCGACAAGGUUGCCGUCAAGCAGAUAGACAAGGCUAAGGUUGAGGACAUGAAUGAUAUCACGCGCGAGAUCGAGAUCAUGCAAAACACAAAGCACCCGAACGUCAUCACCCUCUUCGAGAUCUACGACGAGCCGAAGCGCAUGUCCCUCGUGAUGGAGCUCGUCACGGGCGGAGAGCUCUUCGACCGGAUCGUCGCUAAGAGCCAGUACACCGAGAAGGAGGCUGCGGACUGCAUGAAGCAGCUCUGCACCGCCCUCGCCUACCUGCACAGCCAAAACGUCGUCCACCGCGACCUCAAGCCGGAGAACAUCCUUUACGCGGCGGCGGAGGACGACCCGUCCGGCCACGGCAACCUGAUCAAGGUCGCUGACUUUGGUCUCGCGCGCGUCGUCUCUGGCUCGACCGUCAUGAAGACGGCUUGCGGGACGCCGGGGUACGUGGCGCCCGAGAUUCUGAAGAACAAGGGCUACGAUUCGGGCAAGGUGGACAUCUGGUCGGCGGGCGUGAUCCUCUACAUCCUACUGUGCGGCUUCCCGCCCUUCUACGAGGAGGAGCUGCCCGCGCUCUUCGACCAGAUCCUGCACGCGCGCUACGACUUCCCCUCGCCCUGGUGGGACAACAUCUCGCCCGACGCCAAGAACUUGGUGAAGGCGAUGCUGACGCUGGACCCGCUCAAGCGGAUUAGCGCCGACGAUGUGCUCAGCCAUCCCUGGAUAAAGGGCGGCGCGCCGGACACGGAGCUGGAGGGGGCGAAGGCGUCGCUCAAAAAGUACCAGGCGAGUAGGAAGCUCAAAAAGGCGGCGCUCGGCAUCAUCGCGCAGAACCGGAUCAGUGCGAUGGCGGCGCAGAUGAAGGAGCUGCAGGUUGGGGGGGACGGGAAGUAGCCCGCCACACGCCCCAGCCUCGGGAAUGGCGCCGCUGCUCCUGCUCUACACCUCGCGUCUCGGCACGAUUUGCGCUCGCACCUCGCCGUGCUACCAGUCAGGGGAGCGCAGGGUCUCUCCAACUCUCCCCAACACGGUCACCGACAUGCGCCCCCCGGGUCCGAUAACCGCUACCUAGCAACUGUGUUCGAUGUACACCCUCUUCUGUCGCCAUACAGCUCGUGUGACAGCGGUGGGCUCGCCCUCACAGCUCACUGGCCCUCAGUCACUUGUGCUGCGGCUUGUGUGAGCGACACUGCUCGGCUCGACUCGUGCCGUCUGCCGGCACACUGUCACUGACAUCACUGUGUGAGACCAUGGGAGAGAAGGUAAAAUCACGCUACCCCAGCGCUUCGUUACA